GGAUUAUGGGAGGCAAUAUAUACAAUACCUGUUGGUAUUCGGUAUUCAAGACCUCUAUUCAGACCGCGAAAGUAGAGAGGGUGGAUAGGAGAGAAUGACUGCCUAGCAUGUGUGUGUGCGCGUAUGUGUGUGAGAGAGACAGAGACAGAGGGGGAGAGAGAGAGAGAGAGAAAAAGAAAGGGAAGACAGAGCAGAGUGAGUGAGUCGGUGAAAACAUCGAAGGAAACGCAUUUGCUUUUAUAAACAGCAGGACGGGACUCACUGGCUGACUGGGCGGAGGGCACGCGCAUUACUCCUGAUCUUCUGGCGUAUCUCAGCGUGUUUCCUUAACGAGGGGGAUUAAAUACCUCGCGGAGCCCGCUGUUCGGGAGGUGCGAUGAAGGUGUUCUGCUGGAGUUUUCUGAUCCUCAACCAGUGGAUUCUACGAAAGGUACAAGGACUUGAGAAGCAGGUGGCCAAAUCUCUGGACUACCUAGACCUGGGUCCCGCGGGGUCCGUGGUGAAGCCCCUUCCGUACGACAUGCGGGGAGUCGGGGGAGGGGCGGCGGACGGGGUCAAGCCCCCUUACCCAAACUCCCGGAUAUUCUCCAGCAUGGACCACACCCCUCUGAAGUCCAAGCCCCCCAGCUACAGCUUCCUGAACCCCUACGACUGGGCUCGGAACCAGUCCCUCCUGCUGGACCAGACCGGGUACCGCUCCAAGCGCAAGCCCUCGCUGAAGACAGCCCUGAAGACCAAGAAGAUCUUCGGCUGGGGGGACUUCUACGUCAACAUCAAGACGGUCAAGUUCAGCCUGCUGGUGACCGGCAAGAUCGUGGACCACAUCAACGGCACCUUCACCGUCUACUUCCGCCACAACUCGUCCAGCCUGGGCAAUGUGUCCGUCAGCAUCGUGCCGCCCUCCAAGGUGGUGGAGUUUGAGGUGUUCCAGCAGCACCAGCUGCCCCCGGAGAUCCAGCAGCUCCAUCAGCAGCGCCAGUCCACCACCGACCCCAAGGAAGUCAAAGCCUUCAACUGCCGGGUGGAGUACGAGAAGACCAACCGGGAGAAGAAGCCCAAGCCCUGCCUGUACAACCCCUCACAGACGUGCUUCUCGGAGCACACGCAGACCCACGCCGCCUGGCUCUGCGCCAAGCCCUUCAAGGUCAUCUGCAUCUUCAUCUCCUUCUAUAGCUUCGACUACAAGCUGGUGCAGAAGGUGUGCCCGGACUACAACUUCCAGAAUGACCACCCUUACUUUGGAUGAGCGAGAGGGCGGAGAGGCAGGAGGAUGAAGGAGGGGCUUUUUCAAAAUGGGGCUAUGCGGAGUCUGGCUUUUACCCCCCCCCCCCCCACUCUCCUCUCCUUGAAACUAAAUCUGGGGGUCGAAAAUGAGAGAGGUCCACAACGGGAGACGACAUCGCUCAGCUGUUCUCACACACGACUGAAGGAUCUGUUUCGGUUUUAUUUGGGUAUUUUCUCUGUACAUUCACACAAAAAAGCAAACAUUUAUGCUUUUUAGAAUUUAUUUCAUUAAUAUUGUCGAUUUUAAUUCUGUUUGAGCUUCGGGUUUAUUUAGAAGAAGCGGACAAAAGUGAGAAACAAAGUUUGUUAUUUAACUAUAGUCUCUGAUACCAGAGUAUUUGUAAAAAUGCAUUUGAGUUGUGUCAUUUCAUGUCUGCCAUUAGACCGAAAAGCGAAGGAAGCGCUUUGUCUGCCCCGAUUGGCUGGUACCUAAGCACCAACGCAGGAUGUGGGAACAGUAAUUACAGCCUACAGCUGGAGAGGUUGUGCUGCUACUGUUUUCAAUACGUGUGGAAAACAUUAAAGACAUAAUAUGCAUAUGAAAAUUCAUGUUAAAAUAUAACAAAGUAUUAGUGUCAGGUCUUGUUGUAAUGCAGCCGGCUACCGUGGACACAGGGAAUUAAAUGAUGUAUAAAGAUAACAUGACUGUUGAUUGAAUCCAGGCUUGUGUUUCAUUUGAAAUGACUAGCCGCCAUUUUCCUUUCCCCGAGAGAGAGCCCUGAGAAAUAAAGAAUAAAUGGAUGCGAGGCGAGCGGAGAGUGUGGCAUGGGCAGUAACGAGGCUGCUGGGAUGAAGCCGAGGACAGUAAUGAGCUGUCUGGCACUCAGAGGAAGUGAUCGCUCAUAUAACUUGUAAUAGUUCUUUUCUGAUCGCGCCUCCUGUAAAAUAAAAUAUGAAAGAGUAAAAUGUCUUUAUUUUUUAUCAAAUAGUCUGUCUGUGAUUCAGCUUGACUGCGCAAAGCAGCCCUUCAGAUAGUUUAAUUAACAUCACAGAUAUUUCUUUGCAUAUCUUGUCCUUUUUUUCUGCAUAUUGUUCAAAAAUGUGUAUGGAUACUUAUUGGAAAAAAAACUGUGUGUACUAUGUAACAAUAAACCAUCAUAUAAGGCUGAGUAAAAUAUUUCCAUUAACAGGGGACGACCCAUUAAUACACGCCAUGUUGGAGUGUGCACUCCGUGUCGAACCAGUGUCCAUCAUGGUGAGCUAUGAGAAGAACAUGGGGAUCCACCCAUUCUGGUCUCUAUAACACAGCUUCAUACCUGAUAGAAUAUCACACACAAUAUCACAAAAUGUUCUUCCCUUCUCUUUUUCCUUCCUACCUUUUCUCUUUGCUGUAAGAAAAAUAAUUUUUUUAAAUUCUCACUCUCAUUGUAAGUGUGAUGCAGGGAGUUUGGGGAUGUUUUAUUAAAUAACAUCGUCAAUGCUAAUUAAAUCUUCCUUUUUA